AGAAAUGCUAUGUCCUGUCAAGUCUACUGGCCAGGAAUCUCUACCGACAUUCAGAAAUGGGUCAGUGAAAGUGUUCAGUGCAAAAGGGCCGGAAAACCGCUUGUGACUGAUGUUAAACGGGAAAUUACUAAGGAGCGGCGGCGCACUGAGGAGCAACUUCUCUAUCUGAAAACCUAGAUACCCACCACCUCCACCUCCACCAGGAUCUCUUCACCAGACAAAAUGAACAAGAAGUUGGUGAUUGAUGUGGACACGGGGGUGGAUGACGCUCAGGCCAUCAUGAUGGCCCUCUCUGUCCCCAACGUCACGAUCCUGGGCAUCACCUGCUCGCACGGCAACACGCCUCUGGAGAACGUCUGCAAGAACACCCUGCGCGUUCUCAAAGUGUGCAACAGACUGGACAUUCCAGUGUACCGCGGCUGCGCCAAGUCCCUGCUGGGUCGCUCCUUCCACGCAGGGGAUUUCCACGGGAAGGACGGGCUUGGAGACGCCCCGGACCCAGACGCUCCAGGCUUGGAGCUGAUGCAGAAGGAAGGGGCCGUGAACGCCCUGGUCAGAAUGAUCAACGAGAACCCCGGGGAGGUGAAUCUGGUUGCCACAGCCCCUCUUACGAACCUGGCGAUGGCAGUGAAACUGGACCCUUGUUUCCCUACAAAACUCAAGGGCCUCUACAUCAUGGGAGGAAACACUGACUCCAGGGGUAACACCACAGUGUGUGGAGAGUUUAACUUUGUGGCAGAUCCUGAGGCGGCUUACAUUGUGUUGGACAGCUUCACCUGCCCCACCUACAUUGCUUCAUGGGAGUUUUCAUGCAAGAACAGUCUGCCGUGGUCAUUCUGUGAAACCUGGCUAGCCCAAGACACUGACAAGGCACGCUUCAUGGCACGGAUUUUCAGCCACACCAUGAAGAUGAUCCAGACAGAGCGGUAUCAGAAAGAGCUGGUGGCAGGAGCGGGCUUCACUCCCUGCGACGUCUACGCUUUGGCCGCUGCCAUCGAUGACACGCUUAUAACUGCCACUGAUCAGGUUGCUGUGACAGUAGAGUUAGAGGGGACCUACACCCGGGGGAUGAUGGUGCUGGACUUACUGGAACUGCUGAAGAAGAAGCACAAGGCCUUCAUCAUGAAGACUGUUAACCUGGAGAGGUUCAAAGAAAUGCUGAUGAACUCAUUAAAAUAGAAAAGCGACACAAAGUCAAUCCCUAUGUUUAGAGUAUCCUCUUGUUGGGAAUGGAAACUCAUUUUAAAAGACGCAACAUAUUUUCCUAUACAAAACCUUGCUGUUUGCUAGAUAGUCUCGAUGCAUGAUUAACUGAUUUUCAACAUUGUCCAGUUGUACCGAAUCCCUUACUACUUUUAACGGUGGCAAUCCAUCUAUUGCACACUAACACUGUUUGCACUUGACAUGCACUCUUGACUAUAAUAUUAUUAUUAUUUAGUGCUUCGAGAUGCCUGUAAGUUGGUUAGGAUAAAAGAGUCUGCUAAAUACGAAAAUGUAAUUGUACUAAAUAUUUUCAUGCAGAAUGGAAAUUAAAAUGGAAAAAAGUGAAAA